GGAUUCAUUUUGCAUCCGCGCGUAGUGGAAACAAUUAUUAUUUUAAUUAAAAAUAACAGCGAAGUUAAAUAAUUAAAAUAGAAUUAAAAAUCUUUAAUAUAAAAAAUACGUUUUUUUUGUCGUGAUUUUGUUGUGUUGUGACGUAGUUUUUUAUUUAGUAUGUUUAUUAAAAUGUUAUUUAUAUCGGCUUUAUUAAUUUUAACUUUGUCGAUCGUUGGAGCGAAUUUCACUAAUGAUACAGAAACAGGUAUUAUAUUUCCACCGGAAUGUAAAAACCAAGACAUUUGUUACGUAAAACCUAAAAAUUAUCCGGAACAUAAAUUCCACAGUGUUUUAAAGAAACUGGACCUCAAGAGAAUACCACGUUCAGCACCAUAUUAUGCGUCAAACCACGGUUUUGUAGACGAUGACUACGCUGAUAAGAAUUGUCGUGCUCAGUACGAAAUAAGAGUACCAUUUGGAAUCAAGGUUAGCAACAUCAUGAGACCUGUCAUACAGAUGCCAUAUUUUGAACAGAAAAUACGAUAUGUAACAUGCGAAGAUGAAGGAGCAGAGUGCAUGGACGGGGUUAUCGACCCAAUAAGUUUCAAGGCAACCUGCUCUACUAUGUAUGCUCAAAUACAAUUACACAUAUACAACCCUGACAUAAAUAACAUAGAAAUUAAAGAUGUGCCAAUUCCCGUUUCGUGUAAUUGUAAUAUUAAAGAUGUAUAAAAUGAUAGCUGACUCUGCAAUCCUUGUUUUGCUUUUUACCGCUAAUUUUUCUCUUUCUGUCGAGCCAAUUUUUUAUUUGGAUAAAAACGAAUUAUUAAAAAUAAUAUAUAAACUUCAUGAAGGAAAAAGAGAAAAGGAGAAACCAGAUUUCCAGUUAGAAACUCUAAGCCAAUCCAAGCAAUAGAAACCAGAUACCAAAGAUGAAGCUGGGACAAAGCCUCGCCACGAGGGGGUUUACAUAUUCUAAACUCUAACUAGAGCAAAGAAGUUCCCACUUGAGCCUAGCCUCAGAGGGCUAAGAAGACCUGUAAAAUGCGAUAUGAUUUAGAUGUAAACAUACUCCUUCUGCUUUGAGUUCCAGUGUUAUUGGAGAUUAGAUAAUAUAAAGGCAAUAUUAAUUUUUAAAGUCGCUUCUCUGAAGAACGAUGUUGUGCUACAGCCAAAUCACUCCCGUAAGUUUUUUAAUCAGAAGUCCCGCCUUCUUCGAGCACUGCUUUUAGUAAUAAUUUUGCCUUGAAUAAUAAGUUGGAGUAUUCUAUACUUUUUACUAACUAUAACGUGACCGAAAUAUGAGAUUUUCUGACGGUUAACGAUGUUUAUGAACUCCAACUUCUUCCUAAGACUGCCUAAUACUUUAAUUAUUGAAACUUAUUGUAAAAUACUAUAUUGUAGAACAUUAUUUAGUUGUAAAUUAGCAAUUUAAUAAUACUCGAAAUUUACGGCUACUAUUUACAUUUAUAUAAUUAUACAAUUUUAUAGUGAAAAAUACAUUAAAAUUAAUUGUUAUUUUAAUUAUAACAAAAAAAACAAUAUGUAAAAUAAGUUAUAUUAAUCAACUAUUACAAAAAAAAACAGUUUAGCUUACUGAAUUACAAAAAAAAAAAAAUAUAAAACCUCUGAAUUAAUUAGAAAUUAAAAUUAAAGAAAAUAACAUUAGAAAUAUUAUUAUAAAUACUGGCUCUGUAAUAACAUGUCUAGAAUUCAUGGCUUUUAUUUAAAUUUAUAAAAUUUUACGUUAUUAGUAUUCUUUGGUAGUUAUUCUUCAUCGUAUCGAUGGACAAGGGGUCAUAUGUUAUUAACCCCGUUUGAAAUUAAUUGUUAUUUCCUAUUUUAUGUUAUUAUUUAUGACAAAUGAAAUUAUAUCUUAAGCGUAAGACUGAUUGAAUUAGCCACGCAUUCUGGACAAAUAUGCCCUUUAUGGGAUAAGUCUGUCAUUGUAUAUUAAAUCUUUUGAUAUAUCCGCUGUAAAUUAUGUACAGUAAAAUUACAAUGCAAUAUAAUAUAAUAAUAAUUACUAUUACUACUAUACACGUAAGUCAAUCAGGUUAGUUGUACAGUUAAAAUUAUAGUAAGUACAUUUAACUGUUUUAACAGUAAAAUAAAUCUAUGUUGCAAA